AUGUUCUCGGUGCGCAACGACAUGCUCCGUCGCAGGGAACUCGUCUUUCUGCUGCUCUGCCAGGCCUGCUUUGCACUUUGGCCCGACGUCGAACGCCUUCGGACGAGCGCGAGGAAGGCUCGGCCGAUGCGGCUUCGAAGCGACAGGCAGGGAACUUCCGACCUUUUCCUCCCGCGACAUGUCAUCCCGACCCACUACGACAUCCUCCUCCGCCCCGUCUUCGACGAGGCCCUGGGCUUCCCCGUGCAGGGACGGGUCGUCAUCGACGUGGAGUGCCGGGAGGCUGCGACCAACACCACUUUGCAUGCCGCCGACAUGACCAUCGAGGACUAUGUCAUCAGGGAUGCGUCGGGGAUUCCAUUGGAAGUUGUGGAUGUGGAGACCGACGGACCUCAUCAAUUCCUCAUCUUUCAUCUCGGUGAGACUCUCGAAGUCGGUUCCACCUACGAAAUCGAUCUAGCUUUUUCUUAUCCCAUACGUCGAGACCGAGUCGGGUUUCAUUUGGUAUCCUAUACGGAAUCUGGGAUGGAGAAAUACCUCGGGGUCACCUUAUUCCAACCAUCGUUCGCUCGACUGACAUUUCCCUGCUUCGAUGAGCCAUCGCUCAAGGCUCGAUAUGACGUCACGAUCGGACGGGACGAGGACUGGACUGCGUUUACCAACAUGCCGCUCAAAGAAACGCUGCCGGACGACGACGGUACGUUCUUGGACGUGUUUGAGACUUCUCUCCCGAUGUCGACCUAUACGGUGUGCUUCGCGGUGACGCAGUUCAGCAGCUUGACCACCGACACCCCGAGCCCAUUCGGCGUGCAUGCCAGGCCGGACGCAAUAGAAAACGGCGCGUUCAUGCUCCAGAACGCUCCAAGCAUACAACUCACGCUCGAAGAAGUCUUCAAGACGGAGGAGCCCAUGCCCAAGAUGGACCUCCUCGCCCUUCCGCAGUCUGGGGCUGGCGCGAUGGAGCACUGGGGGCUGGUCACUUUCCGCGAAGAUUUUCUUCUCGUCGACGUCGACGCCGAGGAUUUCACCAGGGUCUUCGAGGUCAACGCCGUGACGUCGCACGAGCUCGCCCACAAUUUCUUCGGGAACCUCGUCACCUUGCAGUGGUGGGACCUGAUCUGGCUCAAUGAGGGUUUCGCCUCUUUCGGCGAGUACGUGGGAAUGCGGGGACCGAACCCAGACUGGGACGUGUGGCAGAUAUUCGUCUGGGACUCGUACCAGCCGACGCUGAUGGACGACUCUCUCGAGUCGACCCACCCGCUCGUCAUGGACGUUUUCUCGAUGAAUGACUUUUGGCCUCUCCUCGACAUCGCCUACGGCAAGGGGGCCAGCCUCUUGAACAUGAUCUUCGGAGUCCUGAGCGAGGAGUUCAUCAUAUUUGACGGAAUCGCAUCGUAUAUCGGCGAAUCCAGUUUUGGCAAUGUAGUCGAAGAAGAUCUCUGGCGGAACUUGCAGGCUGCAGUCGAGGGAACAGACGUCGACCUUGGAGGACGUACCAUCGCCGAAAUCAUGACCGGAUGGACUCGACAAGCCGGUUAUCCCUUGGUCACCGCAAUCCGAGACUACGAUACUGGGGGAAUCAGAGUGCAACAGGAAAGAUUCUUGAGCGAUCCCGAAGCCGACCCCGAUCCCACGCUCUGGAUCGUUCCAGUCACAUUCUACACACCCGAGGGAGGCCAAAGACUAUAUUGGCUCGCAGAGGGGGAUGGCACCCUCACGACACAGCCCAUGCCAGGCCUCGAGGAAUUCCUCUUUGUCAACGUGGAAGCAUCCGGAUUCUACAGAGUCAACUACGACCUCCGCAACUGGGAACUCCUCGCGACCGAGCUCGAGCGAGACCCAAACCAAUUUCCUAUCCAAAACCGGGCGGAGUUCCUCGACGACGCAUUCACCUUCGUCGCUUCGGGACAUUUGCCCUCCUACGAGGUCCCGUUGUCUCUCACGCGAUUCCUGAGAAGCGAACCGAAAUUUUUACCCUGGGUCACGGCUGCCACCCACCUGGAGUAUCUUCACCGCAUGUUCGUGUCGACCGAACGACGCGCUCUUUUCCAGGCGUACGCUCUGAGUCUCCUGGAACCGAGAUUCGCCGAAACUCCGUUCGAGAUGCUGGAACAGUUCCCCGAAGUGUACGGAGACAUCCUCGAUUGGUACUACAAUUAUAUAAUCCAGAGUUUCACAUGCGCCAUGGAAAGUUCUGCAUGCGUCCAACAGGCAUCAGAACUCUUCCAACUUUGGAAGUCGGCAUACGAUCCCCAAGAUCCUGACAGAACCAUCCUCAGCCCGAAUGCGAAGAGCCUCGUCUAUCUCUAUGGCAUUUAUGGAGGGGAUGACAGCGACUGGGAGUUUGGAUACCAGCAUUAUCAGUUGACGGGAUCUGAAUCGGACAAGAACUCCAUGCUUUUGGCUUUGGCAUCUUACACCGGAUCCGCUUCUCUCACCCGACUGCUGGACGACAUCUUGUCGCCGACGUCGCCCAUCCGCGACCAAGACGCGCUUCAGGCAUUCCUUUACCUCGGUGCCAACAUCGCAGGUCGACAGCUCGCCUUCGACUUCCUGAGAGACAACUGGGACGCCUUCAAAGCCCGCUUCCAGGAGGUGAGCGCCGUCGUCGCGGCUUUCCAGGACUUCAACACCCCCGCGGACCUCGACGCCCUGACUGCGCUCCGGGACGAACAUCCCCAGGAUGCCGACGCCUUUGCUGCUACCGUCGCUGCAGUCCGAGGGAACAUCGCCUGGAUGGACCAACACUUCGACUUCAUCGUCGACUGGCUCAAUGCAAGCAUUCAAUAA